UAUACAUAACUGAGAAAACCAUGGAAGAUAAAAGGCAAAAGAACAGUUUGGGCUUGCUAGUGACAAGAUUGGGGAAAUGGGCUUUUGGCUGAGAGCUCAACCGUCUUCAUUAAUGGAGCACGUGCAGUUUCCCGAGAUGGUUUGGCGCGAGCUACUGACUACAGUACUUAGGAUGCUAGUGGGCGGGCGACUCUUCGCGGGCAGAUACUCACGAGCGUUUUCCGUUCAUCGGAAAAUUAAAAGGAAAAUGAAGCCGAGCACCGACGAUUGUUCUGAAACCUCCUGUGCCGCUGAUCAAUUGCCCCAAAGAAAGAUAUCAGAUGAUUUAGGGAAAAGAACUCGGUUACAUAUUGAUCAAAAUUCUGGAGAUGGACAAAAUUGUGAUUCACAUUUAGGUAGUGUUAUUAGUUCUAGUCAUAGGAGUAUAAGGAGAACUAGAAUUGACUUGGGAACUCGGUUUGAGCUACCAUUAGACCAGACAGAGGGCAUUGGUUCGCAGAAAAUUCAAGGUUCGAAGAUAUUGAAUUCUUUAGACCAUAAGAGAGACUCUUUGCUGCCUAUUAGUUUUGGGAAGAGGAGUGUGAGUUUCGGUGAUAAUAAGUUGAAGCUUCAGAAAGCAUAUUCUCCUUCAAGAUUUGGUGGUACGAAGCGUAGUUUAGUUGAAGCUUUGAAUAUGAAUGAGCCAUUUGAUAUUUGCCUGUCUGAGAGUAGAGAAGCUGUCACUCUUGAAGCUCCUUUACGAAGAAACGUGAUGGAGAAACAAAGUGAUGUGGAUCAGUGGAUUGAAGAGAGAAUCGUAUUGAGACCAGGAAUGGUUCUACUUAGGAAAUACAUCUCUCUCAGCGAACAGGUUUCUAUCGUAAAGACAUGUCAAGAACUAGGUCUUGGGCCAGGUGGAUUUUACCGACCUGGUUACAAAGAUGGAGCAAAGCUACGUCUGCAUAUGAUGUGUCUUGGUCUUGAUUGGGAUCCGCAAACAAGAAGAUAUAGCAAGACAAGGCAACAUGACAAUGCUGAGCCACCUUGUAUUCCAAAUGAAUUCACUAGUUUAGUUUCCAGCGCCCUUCGUGAUUCUCACGAUUUGAUCCAAAGACAAUUCAAAACAAGCAGUCCAGUUGAAAUACUUCCUUUGAUCACUCCAGACGUAUGCAUUGUUAACUUCUAUACAAUCGAGGGGCGACUUGGUCUCCAUCAGGAUCGUGAUGAAAGCCCGGAGAGUCUUAACAGUGGAUUGCCUGUUGUCUCUUUUUCCAUUGGCGACUCUGCUGAGUUUUUGUAUGGAGAUGAGAGGGAUGUCCAGAAGGCUGAGAAAGUUUUCCUGAGAUCGGGAGAUGUGCUGAUAUUUGGCGGCAAAUCAAGACAUAUUUUUCACGGGGUGACAUCAAUCAUCCCGAGCACAGCUCCUCCUGCCUUGUCUAAAGUCACAAAGCUCCGUCCUGGGCGUCUAAACCUCACCUUCAGACAUUACUAAUGAAACUGCAUUCACGUAAGCAUUCAUACUUUGGUUUUAACUUGCGUUUCCAGUAUUUCCCAGAAAGGAAGCAAGCAAAAGGAUAAGAUUUUAGAUUCUAGUGGAAAGCCUGAAGUCUUCAGUUGUAAACAAGACUUAAUAACUUCUAGCUCCUGAAAACAAGAGUUUAGAUGAUUAGCACAAAUGUUGGGGCAAAGUUCUGUAUAAAGUAACUGUCUACUGCAGAUUUUUUCAUUUUUGUCUCCCUUUGAAAACUGAUCAUCAAAUCCCUAGUGGAUGAAAUUUUUCAUCUCUUUCAGUUUUUCA